AUAUUUAUUUUUUUGGGUCCAAUAUGGGGUACUCUGAGAAGGCACAAGUAGUAGAAGGAGGGUUUGAAUCAGAAAAUAAUAGUAGAAAAUGGGUUAUAGCUGGAAUAGCGUUACGUGCUCCAUUGAAGCCAAUACAGACAAAUUCUAUUGAGAAGGAACAACAAAAAGAAGAAGUUGAAAUUGAAAUAGAAGAAUGUUCAACACCAACAAAUGAGGAAUCAAAAAUUCCAACAUCAUUCACUUGUCCACCUGCUCCUAGGAAGCAAAAAUCUUCUUUGAAGUGGAACUACCAAAGUAGUGGUGUUGUAAGAGAGUUUUUUAAAGCACCAGAUUUAGAAAAUGUGUUUAUACGUCAUGUUGAAAGUGCUAAUUGAUUGUACCAAGGAGGAAAAAAAUAUAUAGUUGUCAAUGUUUUGUGACCUUAGUUUUUAGCUAGCUAUAGCUUUUAUUAUGUUAUGUACCUUAGUUAAUUUUCUCUAUGUGUUUUCUUUUCUCUAGCUAUAGAAGUUCAAAGAUUAGGACUAUUUUGUAUAUAAUGAAUAAAAAUUGUUUGUAUGCUUGAA